AUGGAAGAGUGCCAGGUCUACCAGGUCAUCUUCUUCCGGGAGAAGCUCGCCCUCUUCGCCGAGCACGAGCACGACGGCGGCGGCUCCAUGUUCACCCUCGCCGGCACGGGCGAGGCGCCGCGAUACGCCGAGGAGCACGUCGAGGUGAGCCCGUUCCGGCACCCCCGGUACGCCGGGAGCAAGUUGCUGGGCACGAUGCGGCGGGAUGAGAUCGGCGGGGCGUGGCAGUUGUGCGCGGCGUACGUGGAAGAAAACACGAGAAAGGACGAGGAGAGAAAGGAAAAGGAGAGAAAGGACGAGGAGAGAAAGGACGAGGAGAGAAAGGACAAGGACGACGGGCCGAGGCACCCGGACAUCACGACGUGGUGUGUUGCGGUGGCGGACUUGCUGGUCCGGGAGGGGGCGAUCGUGAUGCGGCCGUGGUGGGAGCCGCUGCCGACCAAGCGAGGCGCUUAA